GCGUUACUGGAUCAGUUGGCGCAGCUCCCGCAGUUCGCCAAGGAGCUCGCCCCAUUGCAGCGUGCGCAGGAGCGGUUCCAGGAGAACCAGGUGCGCGUCCCGACCGCUCAGGAGCGGUACACUCAGACCGCCAAGGAGCUCAGGUCUAAGGAGGAGGCGAUGCAUCGCGCCACCAAGGCGGAGGCCGAGGCCGAGGCUUGGCUGGCGGCUGCCACAGCUACGGCUAUGCAGGCAGCGCUGGACCACGCGGUGGCGAAGGCGAAGCACGCGGAGGCAGUGGCGCUCGUGGCUGAGGAGGCGGACAUCAAGCGCGUCCCCCAGGGCUACACCUCGGACGGCAAGCGCGUGGUCUUCGCAGUUGACGAUGACUUGCUCAAGGAUGUGUCGGCCCACGGCGAGGAGGAGCAGAAGACGCCGCGCGAACUGGAGGCCGUCAUCAAGGAGAAGUGCGAGCAGGUGGCGGCGAUCCAGGCGGCGGUGCACGAGCACGUCGCCAGGGUCAAGGACAUCUGCUCGGGCGCCACGAAAAGGCAGCGAGUGGAUCAGAGUGGUCAAGCGGCCAGAGGCUCAGCCGCAGAGGCGGCGCCAGCGGCUGCCACGGACCCCGAGCCCGAGAAGCGCGUUUCCCCUGCUCAGGGAGAGUCGGCGCCCACGGCUGAGGUCAAGGCGGCUGCAGAUGCCGAGGGAGCUGCUGUUCUGGAGACGGAGCGCAAGAAGAUCGUGGAGAAGGCUAAGGCUGGCGGCAAGGGUGCUACUGGCAGCGGCUCUGCUUCUGCUUCAGGCGACGGCUACGGGUCGAUCACAGAGUUGGACAACAGGUGGUACAUGAAAGUCGGAGGUCAAUUGGUGGUCCCGUGCAAUGGAGAGGCGACGCGCAAUCGUGGCAGAGGAUCACUCAUUGACUAUGUCAUCCUGAAGGUCGGCAUGGCGGACGCGCUGAUGCUCAGGAUAGUUCCUGAGGUCCCUUGGCGCACUCGCGUGGGACUCUGCAUUCACCUUAAGUAUGGCAAGAUGGGCUGGUGGAGCGGGACCAUGAUCACAGCGAAAGCAUUACCCACGGUGCCGAGGCCAACGGUCAGGCCCGACCCACCGAGCAAGAGGCAUCACGAAAAGUUGCGGGAGGCCAAGAUGAAGCGGCACGAGAGUCUGGAGCAGCAUCUGCAGGGUACCUGCGAAGGGCUCAACCGCGAGCCGCCAGUCUCGGAGUCUAGCGUCGGGUUCGCCAUCAGCGCCGAGCACUGGCAGCAGGCUCAGGCACUAUGCCGGGGGGGGAGGUGGGUUCCUACCCCGCACUUCCUCCUGGAUAGGGACCAGGCUCUCCGAGACGCGAUCGCCUCGCCCUACGAGACCUGGGUCGGCCUCGGGACGGCUUGGGGAUGGACUACAGGAAACUACCUGGAGGAGCUGAUGCUGGUGGCGGAGUCGAAGGACUUGCAUCGCGGGUUACAGGAGGAGGAGGAGUUGCAUAACCAGUGGAAGGGCAUGAUGACGGGUGUCCCGGAGAUCGAUAAUGAGGGUUUCGAUGUCUUAUGCGACAUUUCUGAACGGCUCAAGAUUUGGAUUUUUGGUAAGGCGUUGGCGGGGGCUAAGAGAGGCUUCCAUGCGUGGGCUACCAAGAUGUGGAAGACAACGCCAGGAGUGCUCCACAGAUGCGCUAAGGGUACCAUCGGCAAGCCUGGCGAGAUCGCACCCCCCACGACGGUAUACUCCUCCCCCAUCGAGGCUAUGGGCCACAGGGCGGACAAGUGGCAGAAGAUAUGGUCGUCUCCCACCUUCAACCCCGCCGAGGUCUUUAAAAGUGUCGGGUAUGUCAAUCUGCGUGCGAAGAAGGAAGAGUUGCUUGAAUUGUCGGUGGGGGUCAUUCGACCGGCGGUCGCCAGCAUGAUCGCCAGGAAGUCGAAGGGCGCGGGGUUGAUGGGCCCCGUCGAAGUGCGGCGUUUGCCGGACGAAGCGAUCGACGAGCUGAAGGACCUUUCCGCAGCCAUAGAGACGCAUUGUAUGUGGCCUGGUCAGGUGUUCGUGGUCAUCGGUGCGGUUGCGCCCAAACCCCGAGGUGGUGACAGAGUGCUGGACCUUCUGCCUUUUCUGGUCAAGUUGUGGGCGAAGGUCCGAAGCUCCGAGACGCUCAGAUGGGCCAUUGACGCGGACGAGCACUGGGACACGGCCAUUC